UCCAAAAGUUUGCGAUGGAUUUCCAAAGUGAUUUGCGAUUUGUAAAGGAUGUGGUGCACUCCUUGGUGGUUUCGUGUCCUGGCCAGAUGACCAUAAAGCAGCUUGUGGACGCCUACGCCUACCAAACGGGGUUCUGCAUGCCAUUUGCCCAGCUCCAGGACGUGGAAUUUUUCCUUCGCUCCAUUCCGGACACGGUUACGGUUCUGGGCUACGGACAUAUGGCCCUUGUGACGGUGCCCAGUCAGACAUCAUAUAGUUAUUAUCAGCACCAGUACAAUAAUAACUUCCAGGAUCAGCGUUUUCGAACAUAUGGAUAUCCGUGUUGCUUCAUCCAGACCAGACCAAAUCCUGGGUUUCUGAUCUUAAAACAGUAUCCGACUUAUCCGGACGCAUCAAACUUCUGGCUUCGGGUUAUUCGAUACCCCCCUCCUAUUAAUUCAUAUACUUAUCCGAGGAACUUCACCCAAUAUGAGCAUCGGGGAAUUCGGAAUACUCAACAUCUUCUUGCGGGUAGUCCAAAUUCUUAUCCGCAAUGCUUCCAAGGAUCGCACCCUAGCAACUUUCCGCAUAUCAGACCAAGCACAGCCCCUCUCAGCUUCAAUGAAAAUAAGUCAGAUGACAUUGAAAACCACACAAACCCGGGGAUCAACGAGUGUGAUUCGCAACAUAUACUAAAUCAUUCCUCGAGUAAUUUAUGUACUUCUCCGAGGAGCUUUUCUGAAACUACACAAAAUCCUCUAAACAGUACCGAACAUGAGCCACAGGCUGAAAAUAAACAGGCCAAUGUGGAUCACUACUUGGAGAACGAUGACAAGGGUUCGGGACACCUUAGCCCACAAAAUGCAGAGAACGAUGCCAAGGAAAUGGAUAAAUCUUCGGAAAAUAUGGAGAAAUUGGUAGACGAUAUUUUAGGCUCUGAUAAAAAGCCAUUAUGUGCGGAGAAGAGUGAAUCCCCGGUCCUAAUAUAUACUCAAGAAAAUAAAAGCCCAUUGUACUUGGAAAUGGAUGAGCUGUCAAAACUGGUAUAUGAAUUUGAAAACGUUGAUCUUUGUGACGAAAAUGAGGCUGUAGUGUACGACUUAAGCCGCGAUGAAGAUAGUCCAGCUAGUGAUAGUGAUGGGGUAUGA